GUCCGCCGGCCAACGGAGAGCUAUUGUCCUGUCCUGUAGUGUUAGCUGUUGUGCGCUCAGCGCUGUUUUGUACCAGAAAUUUCUACCUUGUGCCGCCGGCCAGCGCUGUUUUAGGGAAUCGUGUCUACUCAUUCUUGAGAAGGGAAAACAAGCGUUCUAUCCAAGGUAAAUUGGUAUAUUCCACACUCCUUCGUUUCAAGGAUCGUUUCAUUCAUCCAGGUACAUUACGCCGGCCAAACCAAAGGUACACACUACUAAAUCAACGGCAGUUCAACCUCACGAACGCGGGAAUCGGCCAAGCUCCGUCGACAAAUUUCAGCGGCAGCCCACUGAAUAGUCUGAGUGGGCAUACACUAGCGUUAAGAAAGCAGAAAGUAUCCAUGCCUCCAGAGAUUUCUCACGAUUUCACCUCAGCAACAGGCAGAGAGGCACACGCUAAAACCGGCAAAGAUGGCCCACCAGCAGCUCGAGUAGAUCCUGCCGCUCGGCAGGACUCAAGCGCCAUUAUGGCACACGCGGUGUUCACCCUCGGCCUACCGCCAUGCAGGGGGAAAUCAAGCAAGAACAGUUGCCCGAUCAAGAGGCAGAUUACCACCUCCAAUGAGGCUAAGGACAGCCCGAGAGUCGGCACAGUGACUCCUGGGGAGUUGUCCAAGCGGCUGGACAGCAACUGUCCCACCACAAUUGUCGUCGAUUGCCGAUCUUUCCUGGCCUAUAACAAGAAACACAUCGAGGGGGCAGUGAACGUGAACUGCACCAACUGCUUCACCAAGCGGCGAUUGCAGCAGGGCAAGCUAUCAAUCAACGAUCUGGCUACCUCUGACGAAGGCAGGGAGGCUCUGUGUUCCCGAUCGGAUAAGGACGUGGUGGUUUACGACGAGGACACUCAAGUAAUUGACGACCUACCGUCAAACCAUUCAACACUCCUGGUUCUCAACUCACUCCGCAAUGAAGGAACGAGGGCUAGCCUUCUAAAAGGAGGUCUAAAGGACUUUCAAAACCAAUUCGGGAGCUUGUGCAAGAGCGUCGUCGAGAAGGCCCCCACGACGGCAGAAACGACAAUCUGCCGGCCCGCGGCCGAGGUUAUCUCUGGCGUGGACUACACCACGGCCAAACAGAAAGAGAUCGACAUCCCGGCCACACAGCUGCUGACGUUCCUGUACGUGGGCAAUGAGAAGGACGCAGCCGACCUGGACUUCCUCCAGCAGGAAAGGAUCGGCAACGUCCUGAAUGUGACCCAGUCGGUGCCUUGUUUCCACCAGGAGACCACAAACAUCAAUUACAGGCGAAUAAGCGUGCGCGACAACUCCUUGGCCAACCUCAAGAGGCACUUCGAAGAGGCUUUCGUCUUCAUCGAGGCCGCUCGCAAACGCCACGAGAAAGUCCUUAUUCACUGCAGCGCCGGCAUCUCAAGAUCCUCCACGAUCGCCAUAGCCUACAUCAUGAGGUACCGCGGCAUGCCAAUGGCCAAAGCUUACAAUCUGGUCAAGUCCCGGCGAGCCAUCAUCAACCCGAACCUCAACUUUGUAGGUCAGCUGGCGGCGUACGAGAAGACGAUUUCCUCGUCCAUUCCCGCGCAGUGUGCCCGUCAGAUCAAGAGACGCACGGCUUCGCCUCACCCCGCGCCGCCACCGCUCGAAACAGCUCUGUAGAACUGAGAACCUGAGAACUCAAGCGGCGGCAACCCUCGCCACCUUGGCAAAAGACUCGUGUUAUGAUAACCUCUACGUCGUUUUUGUACUGAAAGUGACAGUGUCUUCAACUACGAUAAACUCAUCUUUGGAACGAUCGCGAAAUGCGAUCCCACAGACUUAAAUCCACAGAGACCCUAUGCAAUGCAACUUGACAUUGAACUCUGAUGGUGCGUCACUCGCUCAUACACCGACAGCGGGAAACCAUUAAUUAUACGAAGGGCAAACAAGACAUAAACAUGGCGACCCCGCUUAAUGAGAACUGGAUUUGUCUCAGCUCCAGAAGUGGUUAGCACUGACGUGUGCCCACGAUCCGCACGCACGAACUAUAUACGUGCUUUUGGAAGCAGGCUUUUUAUACUGCAGAAAGCUUAAGAACUCUAGUUUUUUAAACCACUUAAGUAAAUUUAACAACGCGCUGCUAUUGGUCGUUGUGGAAAGAGGAAGUGCAAUAACCUUUUCGUCAUUCCAAAGAACUCUAAAAGAGAUUUUGCUUUUCUCCCAUGCUUUCAAUUCUUCGCGGGAGGAAAGUGGUACCUGCAUGAACAGAAUUACCAGUUUGGCCAAGGCGAUGGCUGUUAUUAAACUAUUCGAAACUUGUUGGCAGCUUCAUGCUUCUGAAGACAUAGUUAUGUUGGUUACUUCGCCUGCACAAAAAAGAAAUGUCAUUAACCAUUGUGCAGUUUCUAUAUUGAGUUUCAUUCGUUCAGUAAUUUUCACAUUUUUAUUUCAUCCCAUCCAUUUCAAACCAUCCGAAGUUAACACAAAUUCGUCGUUUUGGAAAAACGGAUCUUUUAAAGCUGUUAAAACAGCAGUUCGAAGCUUUAAAAAUGUCUUCCCUUUUCGUUAAUAUUUUAAAAAUUCAAUUUCAUCCUAUAGUUGUGCACGCAUACAAAGAAUGCACGUUUGGUCCUCGACAAGUAUCUAGAUGUAUUUGAAGUGUGCAUUGUCAAAACAGGUCUUUACAUGUAGAACUCAAUACCCACUUCCAACAAUAAAAUUUACACUAAACGACAUUUUUUUCCAGAAUCGCAGGCAGAACUGCGUAUAUUUUUGAAGUGGAAUGUCUGAUCUUACAAGAGCCCUUUCUCGAGAAGUGUUGAAUCUCUCUUUGCGAUUUUUGGAUACAAAACAUGUACUUCAUUAAUGUCACGUCAACAGACCACCAAACAAUAGAUAGAGGGUAACUGGUACCAGUUCAUCGCUGAUGACACAUUGCGGAUGUUAUGCGACUGCUGUAGCGGAUGCUAAGCAGGAAACCAGUGGCAUCGGUCGAUAACCGUGUUGUUUUUUCUUGGUUGUGUAAGUGGUUUUUACCCAAGAAAAAUAUAACCUCCCAAGUAUAAAUCAUUUAUCGAGUGGAACAAUUUUUUUUUCCCUUUCAGUAGGAUUAAUUCAUCACAAAUGGUUUUCAUAACAUGGGAUUCAUAAACAUGUAGUUAUUUUGUAUAUCAUGCUUGUGGCAAGAGAAAAAGAUCAGAUCAUCAAAUGAAAAAAAAUGAACUGUUA